CAAUCCGAGAGGAGACAGAGAGGAGAAGCUCACGACGACCGCCAAAAUGUCGAGUUUUAACAACAAGUUCAGCUCGUACACGAUGACUCAGCUCAACGAGAUUCUGGAGGACGACGACAAACUCACCAAGAUGGUCCAGGACAUGGAGGAGCCUUCAUAUCCAUCCCACCUGACUGAAGCAAGAAGAGCAGCACACUGUCAUCCUGGAUGAACGUGGAGCUUUUGUGUUGUUGGUUGUGUUUCUGAUCCACACCCUUUCUGAUUGUCUCCAUGGUUUCGCUUUCCUCCUCGAUGCAGGAAGUCCAGCAGAGCAAGGAGAUGACUCUGGUCACCAACCGAACGCUGGCGGAGCAGAACCUCGCCUUGCAGCCCAGACUGGAGCACAAGAAGGAGCAGCUCACCAAGCGCUACAGCUGUCUGCAGGAGAACUUCGAGUCCUAUCAGCUUCGCAAGUCCACCCUAGACCACAGUUCAGGAAACACCUCCUUGGACACUUUGCUGGCCCUGCUGCAGGCGGAGGGAGCGAAAAUAGAAGAGGAGACAGAGAAUAUGGCCGAUUCAUUCCUGGAUGGCGACAUGACCCUGGAUGCCUUCAUUGAUGCCUACCAGAGCAACAGGAAGCUGGCCCACUUGAGAAGGGUGAAGAUUGAGAAGCUGCAGGAGAUGGUGCUGCAGGGCCAGCGGCUCCCCCAGGCUCUCCCAGUCCCUACCUCACGAUCUCAGGAUGUGUCAGUGGCAGCUAGACCCUCGUCGUCUUCCCUCCUCACCGAGACAAGCAACAGCUCUUCCCCUAUUGCCCAACCAAGGAGGAAACCCCCACCUCCUCCAUCCCAGCCAGCACCAAUUCUAAAUUCAGCUCCAGCUGCUGCCCCCCAGCCUCCUGUCUUCUGCUCAGCAUCUCCAUACCCACCAAUUCCUCCCAGAACAGGCCAACCCUUCCCCAAUGUCCCUUCUGGCUACCCUAACCACUUUAUAUCUCAGUACCCACCUGCUUUGCCUCAGAGGCCCUCACCUCGUAUGGCUCCGCAGCCUGGCUUCAUCAUGCAGUAAAUAAAGUUGCAGUUGCCACUCAGAGGAUGCGGUAUGUGUGUUGUGGACCUUUCACUACACCAAGCUCCUCUGAAAACAAUCUUUCUACAUCGUCUGCCUUCUUGGAGUACAACCAAUCACAACACAAGAUGGCAGACCCACACUGGCUGGUCUGGUCAUGUUCAACCGAAGCAGAUCUCCAUUAAUCUUCGCAGAUUGGCGCUCACCUCUUGCUCCUACCAACACUUCCGACAAACCCAGACGUGAUGUGAUGGUCCCGUCAGUGGAGGGCCCGCUGCAGGCUGAACUGACUCCGUCUGUGGGCUCUUUUAUCAGCACUUUCUGUCUCCAGGCACCGCCCUCAGCUCUGCGUGCCCAUUAGUUUUCAAGCUCUCAGCACCCUUCAAACAUGUCCCACAAGCUUUGACAGAACACUAGAGCUGUUCAAUUAGUCAUUUCCAUCUGCAGCAUACUAAUUUACAGGUAAUGUAUAUGCAAACAAAGAGACCCUAAUUACUGUGCAGUUUUGAUGAAGAUAUGAUUUCCCAGAAUAUAUUCAGGCGAAACUGCAUCUAUGCUGUGAUUUUUCUUUUUUUAAAAUAUAUAUAUGUAAAAUUCACAAGGUACAUAGAAUUAUCUGAAUUUCAGCAUCUUUUUAUGAUAUCGUACUAAUGGAGUUAUGUUAAUAAUAGCCAAGAUAGACUGAUUAACAUGUGUAAAGGAGGGCUUUGUUGGUGUAUCUUUUCUUCAGUGUGUGGGUGUGUCUGCAGAGUCCAGACCUGUCUGAUUCAAGAUGGUUGACUAUUGUACCUGAUCCAAGUCAAAAAUGACUUAAAGGAGAGGAUUAGUGGCUGAGCUGUUGUAUCAAAUGAGCGGGGCUUUAGAGUCUUGCCUCAAAUGAAGGAUUCCUGUAUAGCCAAACAGUACACUCCUGGUGCGUGUUGUUUUCUGUGGGUUCCUGUUGUCAUGCAACACUCCUUUAUGAUGUCCAGUGUCUUCAGCAUCCCUUAGUUUGGAUCGGAGAAGAUGCCAAGAGUUCUUUGGAAGUCCUUUUCUUUCUCGUACGUGUAGUUCUGUUCAGUUUGUUGUCACACUGAACACCAAAGACUUCUUUUUUUCCUGUCAGUAAAACAUUUAGUGAGAUAGUCGACCAUUGUUCCCAACAUAUCUGUUUGUGAUAUUGAGCUGAAACACACAAGCCACAUUUCUCCAAGAUCAACCUGAAACUUUUUCUGGUGCGAUAGAAAUCACUUUUUUUUUCCUCCCGACUGCUGUCGCUGUGCAUUGUUGAAGAGCCACGAGUGCCUACACUUGAAGUGACAAUGAUCACGUUUUGCUGACUACUCCAUGUUUUUAUGCUCAGCUGUAGAAGUUAGAACCCCCCUCCCCUCUCUUCCCCCUUCAGUCCUUCAAAGAAAAAACUGGCCAAGCAUUUGGUUUUCUCCUCCUGCUGCUGAUUUCAAGUUCGACCAGAAAGUAGGAAAAGGGAAUCUCUGACUGUUGGUCUGCCAGGCUUUGCUUUCUCACUAGUGGCAGCAGGCCAGAAUAGAGUAAUAUUGAAUUUGUGCCAGACACCAGAGACGCCCUUGGCUGUGUGCUUCUCUUCCAUUCUUCCUCCAGUGUGUUAAGGUUUGCCUGGGGUUUUUGCAUGUGUUGUUGUUGAUGUUCAGCUGAUGAAAUAACAGGGCUCUGAAAUGUUGGUGUCAUAUCUUAGUGAUAAAACUUCAUCUCAAGGCAAAGAAGCGGACCACAGAAUGGACUGUGUGUACUGGUCAGCGGGUAGAACUCUAGAAAUAGCAGAAGCUAAAGUGUCGACUUCUCGGUGAACCAGCAUUUCUAACAACUAACAAUGGAUAACUCUUUUGUGCAUGGCCUUCGCUCAUUGUGUUGAAUAUUCCUCUUUAAUACUUUUUUUUUAGCUGUUGAGCUGCUUUUUAUGUUUGAACUGAUCCUCUGUAUCUAUUGUUUUAUAUGUGACUGGUGAUAUUUUCAGUGUAAUGUUGUAGGUAUUUACUUAUAAUGAAUGUUUAAGUGGAAUUUAAUGCUAUUUUCAAGUUCAAUAAAUCUCAAAUUUUUGUA